UAGGCAACCCGCGCCCGCCUGAACGUCACCUCGCCGCGCGCACUCGCCCCUCUGCCGCCACAUUCAAGGGCCCCUCGCUGCCAGCCAAGUUUCAAGAGUGUGCGAAUCUUCGGUGGAACGGAUCUGUGGUGCUUCAAUUUUUUUUAAACGGACGUAAUUAUUACAAGAAUCUAUAUAAAAGUUGCUCUGGAAGCGGUUUAAACACCAGGAACUCUCUCUCUCUCUCGCCUGAGCAGAGAUAUUUCGUGGCAAAUUGAGGUACCUAUUUUGAGUGGCUCACCUCUCCGAUGGGUAACGCCUGCUCUUCCUGCAAGGACUCCGGCUGCUUCGCCUUUCUUCAGCCUAAGAAGCCGAAUCUGCCUCCAAAGGUAGAGACAGACAGCCGACCUAAACCAGUCACACCUUUGUACAACGAUCACGAUGUUGUGACCGUUCCUGAUGAAUUCUUAUCGAUAAAGAGCUUCAACCUGAUGACGAAGGAGAAUGGGAUCCCACACCACACGAACGAGUACGAGCUGAUGGAGCGAGAGAAGUCCCGGCUGGUGGUGCGCAGAGGCCAGGCUUUCUCCAUCACGCUGAGCACCAACAAGGCGAUGGACAGCGAGAAGGACAAGCUGUCUCUCGUCUUCACCGUCGCUGACGCGAAAAGUCCCAGUUUCGGAAGCGGAACUCUGGUCGGCGUGGGCAUUGGCACGGAGGGCGACAGCGGGUGGAGCGCUGAGAUCAAGGAGACGACUGACACUUCCAUCGUUCUUUCGGUCACGACAUCUUCCACCUCGAUCGUGGGCGAGUGGAAGAUGGAAGUGGACGUGAAAUCGGGCGACAAGACCCACACGUACCCUUGCGAAUCCACGUUCUUCCUGCUCUUCAAUCCCUGGUGCCAAGACGACGCCGUUUACCUGGAGGGCGCGGCCGAGAAGCAGGAGUACGUCCUCAGCGACUCGGGUCUCAUCUGGAGAGGCACCACCAAGUUCCACCGUCCGUGCGCCUGGAACUUCGCGCAAUUCGAGGAGGACAUCCUGGAGUGCGUGCUCUACGUGCUGAGCUCCGUAUGCCGCAUGUCCCCCUCCAACAGGCGCGACCCCAUCAAGGUCACGAGGGCCAUCUCCGCAGGGAUCAACUCCCCCGACGACUCCGGCGUGCUGGUGGGGAACUGGAGCAGCGACUACAGCGGCGGGACUCCUCCUACCAAGUGGGGCGGCUCCCAGCUCAUCCUGCAGGAGUUCUACAAGACCAAGAAACCCGUCAAGUUCGGCCAGUGCUGGGUAUUCUCCGGCGUCGUGACCUCCGCCUGCCGCGCCAUCGGCAUCCCCUGCCGCUCCAUCACCAACUUCGCCUCGGCCCACGACACCCACAACUCCCUCACGAUCGACCUGUUCUUCGAUGACGAGGGCGAGGCAAUCGAGCGCCUCAACGCCGACUCGAUCUGGAACUUCCACGUCUGGAAUGAGGUGUGGAUGACCCGACCUGACCUGGGCGCCGAGUACAAGGGGUGGCAAUGCAUCGACGCGACGCCCCAGGAGGAGAGCGACGGCCAGUACCGCUGCGGCCCGGCCUCCCUGGCGGCUGUCAAGAUGGGCCACAUCAACAAGCCCUACGACGUGCCGUUCGUGUUCGCCGAAGUCAACGCCGACAAGCUGUUCUGGAAGUACCGCGGUCCCUGCCAGCCCAUGAAGCUGCUCGGACGCAAGACGCAGGGCGUGGGUCAGUUCGUAAGCACCAAGGCAGUCGGCAGAUUUAUGCGAGAGGACGUCACUCAUCUCUACAAACACAAGGAUGAAUCCGAGGAAGAGAGGAACGUGAUGCUGCACGCCCUCAGGCUGUGCGAGAACAACUUCGCCAGGUAUUAUCUCAACGAGGAGUUCGAGGAGGUGGAGUUCGACUUCCAGCUCAACGACGACAUCGUCAUCGGCCAGCCCUUCAAGUCGACUGUGGAGGUCGAGAACAAGAGUGACAAGGAACACGAGGUGGAGAUUGUGCUCCGCGCCGACACCAUGCUCUACACGGGCCAGAUCAAGACACAAGUGAAGAAGGAGAGACACGAUAUUAAGUUGGAACCCCAUUCCAAGCAAACGGUUCACCUCGACGUUAGCUUCGACGAGUACUACAGUAAGUUGGCUGACCAGUGCGCCAUGAACCUCGCCUGCCUCGCCAAGGUCAAGGACACGGAGUUCGAGUACUUCGCCCAAGAUGACUUCCGCUGCAGGAAGCCCGACAUCUGCAUCGAUGUCGACGGAGAACUGAGAGUGAACGAAGAGAGCAAAUGCACCGCCACCUUCAAGAACCCGCUGCCGAUGGCCCUGACCCGCGGCCGCUUCAUCAUCCAGGGCGCCGGACUCACCCGCGUCCAGUUCUUGAGGCUCAAGGACGCGGUCCCCGUCGGUGGAUGUGCCAAGUGCGAGUUCCUGGUGAAGCCGACACUCAGCGGCGAGAAGACCAUCAACGUCAUGUUCGACUCGAAGCAGCUGGAGGACGUAGACGGUCACCUCGCCGUCAACGUCUUCGAUGUCCCGACGUCUGUCACUCACACCAACGGCACUGAUCAGCCCGUUAACGGCGACGCCAACGCCACGGAGGAAGAAGGGGUUACCAUGAGCGAGUUGAGCAGCGGCAACUAAUGAGUGGGACGACGCUUGCGCAGAAGGAACGAGGAAACACAUGAAUCAAGAUAGAGCGAUUAGGAUUAAAACGACCAAAACUGACGAAAGGAGAGACGAAGAAAAUUGAAUAAUAAGUGCAGGAUGCAAAACAAAACUAACUGAUAAGAAUGGAGAAUUGGAUAAAAGACAAGCAAAGAUAACACAAGAGAAAUAUGAAAGAUAUAAUGAGCGCCAGCACUCCGC